CUUUUCUAUCCUUUUGACAGAUUGCUUCUGUAAGAAUGUCUUUCCCACCUCAUUUGAAUCGCCCUCCAAUGGGAAUCCCAACUCUUCCCCCCGGGAUUCCACCUCCACAGUUUCCUGGCUUUCCUCCACCUGUGCCUCCUGGGACCCCCAUGAUUCCUGUGCCAAUGGGCAUUAUGGCUCCUGCUCCAACUGUUUUAGUUCCUACCACAGUGUCUAUGGUUGGAAAACACUUAGGAGUGAGGAAAGAUCACCCUGGCUUAAAGAACAAAGAAAAUGAUGAAAACAGCGGUCCCACAACCACCGUUUUUGUAGGCAACAUUUCUGAGAAGGCCUCGGACAUGCUCAUACGGCAGCUUCUAGCAAAAUGUGGCUUGGUUUUGAGUUGGAAGAGAGUGCAAGGGGCAUCUGGAAAACUUCAAGCCUUUGGAUUUUGUGAAUACAAAGAACCAGAAUCCACACUACGGGCACUGAGACUACUCCAUGACCUCCAGAUAGGAGAGAAGAAACUACUAGUAAAAGUUGAUGCAAAGACAAAGGCUCAGCUAGAUGAAUGGAAAGCAAAGAAAAAGGCUUCUAAUGGGAAUUCCAGACCAGAGACUACAAAUGAUGAUGAUGAAGCACUGGAUGAGGAAACGAAGAGAAGAGAUCAGAUAAUUAAAGGGGCCAUUGAUGUCUUAAUACGAGAAUAUUCCAGCGAGCUCAAUGCCCCCUCCCAGGAAUCUGACUCUCACCCCAGGAAGAAGAAAAAGGAAAAGAAGGAGGACAUUUUCCGCAGAUUUCCAGUGGCCCCACUGAUACCUUAUCCACUCAUCACCAAGGAGGAUAUAAAUGCUAUAGAAAUGGAGGAAGACAAAAGAGACCUGAUAUCAAGAGAGAUCAGUAAAUUCAGAGACACACACAAGAAACUGGAGGAGGAAAAAGGCAAAAAGGAGAAAGAAAGACAGGAAAUUGAAAAAGAACGCAGAGAAAGAGAAAGGGAACGGGAGCGUGAACGAGAAAGGAGAGAGCGUGAAAGAGAAAGGGAACGGGAGCGUGAACGAGAGAAGGAAAAGGAACGGGAGCGUGAACGGGAGCGAGAUAGGGAUCGUGACCGAACUAAAGACCGAGACAGAGACCGAGAACGGGACAGAGAUCGGGACAGAGAUCGUGAAAGAAGUUCGGAUCGCAACAAGGAUCGGAGCAGAUCAAGAGAAAAAAGCAGAGACAGGGAAAGAGAACGAGAAAGAGAACGAGAGCGUGAAAGGGAACGGGAAAGAGAACGGGAACGAGAACGAGAAAAGGAUAAAAAGAGAGACAGAGAAGAAGAUGAAGAAGAUGCCUAUGAACGCCGAAAGUUAGAGAGGAAACUGCGGGAAAAAGAAGCUGCGUAUCAAGAGCGUCUUAAAAACUGGGAAAUCAGAGAGAGGAAGAAAAGUCGAGAAUAUGAAAAAGAGGCCGAAAGAGAAGAAGAAAGAAGGAGGGAAAUGGCAAAAGAAGCUAAGCGUUUAAAAGAAUUCUUAGAAGAUUAUGAUGAUGACAGAGAUGAUCCAAAAUAUUACAGGGGUAGUGCUCUUCAGAAGAGACUCCGAGACCGAGAGAAAGAGAUGGAAGCAGAUGAGCGGGACAGGAAGAGAGAAAAGGAAGAAUUAGAAGAAAUCAGGCAGCGCCUUCUGGCAGAAGGACACCCAGAUCCAGAUGCAGAGCUUCAGAGGAUGGAGCAGGAGGCUGAACGCCGUAGGCAGCCACAAAUCAAACAAGAGCCAGAGUCUGAGGAAGAAGAGGAGGAAAAAGCAGAAAAAGAAGAAAAAAGAGAAGAACCAGAGGAAGAAGAGGAAGAGCCUGAACAGAAGCCCUGCCUUAAGCCAACAUUACGACCAAUUAGUUCUGCCCCGUCUGUUUCUUCUGCUAGCGGAAAUGCAACCCCUAACACACCUGGUGAUGAAUCUCCCUGUGGCAUUAUUAUCCCCCAUGAAAAUUCACCUGAUCAGCAACAGCCGGAGGAGCAUCGGCCCAAAAUAGGACUUAGCCUCAAACUAGGUGCCUGCAAUAGUCCUAAUCAGCCUAAUGCUGUAAAAAGGAAGAAGCUUGCUGUGGAUAGUGUUUUCAAUAAAUUCGAUGAUGAAGACAGUGAUGAUGUGCCCCGGAAAAGGAAACUUGUCCCCCUGGAUUAUGGAGAUGAAGAUAAAAGCAACAUCAAAGGCAGUGUCAAUACAGAGGAAAAACGCAAACAUAUUAAGAGUCUCAUUGAGAAGAUCCCCACAGCAAAACCAGAGCUCUUUGCAUAUCCUCUUGACUGGUCAAUUGUGGAUUCGACACUAAUGGAACGUCGAAUUAGACCGUGGAUCAACAAGAAAAUAAUAGAAUAUAUUGGUGAAGAAGAAGCUACACUAGUUGACUUUGUUUGUUCUAAGGUUAUGGCUCACAGUUCACCACAGAGCAUACUGGAUGACGUUGCCAUGGUACUAGAUGAAGAAGCUGAAGUUUUCAUAGUCAAAAUGUGGAGGUUGUUGAUAUACGAGACAGAAGCCAAGAAGAUUGGUCUAGUGAAAUAAAGCACUCUUCUUGCUUCUAGG